ACAAAUACUUAUUUCAAACCGCCGCUAGGGCGCGUGGUGGGGCGGUUUUUACGUCAUUUUAUAGAGGAGGUGAUAACAUUUUACGAGAUAAAAAUCACAUUUAAAAGAAAGAAAUGGCGAAUUUUCUUCUACGCCGUGCACUGCUAGAUGCAGUUCGCGUUCCCGCUGGUGCUCGCUCUGUCAGUGAGCUUGCUAAGAUCGGCAAUCGUGAGUGGGUCGGUUUCGGAUACAACGGCCAGCCCAACUAUGCCGACCGGUCCGACUUCCCCAUGCCCGCCGUAAGGUUUCGCCCCGACACACCCGACGUUAAGGCUCUACGUGAGAAAGAGAAGGGCGACUGGAAGAAACUGACUCUGGAAGAAAAGAAAGCCCUGUACCGUGCGGCGUACUGCCAGACGUUUGCCGAGUUCCAGGCGCCCACUGGCGAGUGGAAGGGUAUCCUAGGCUGGUCCCUCGUCAUCGCUUCGCUCUCUGUCUGGAUUUACAUGGGCAUGAAGCUUUUCGUGUACAGUCCGUUGCCCGAUUCCCUAAAGGAGGAGAACCAGAAGGCGCAGCUGAAGCGCAUGCUUGAUUUGAAGAUGAACCCCAUCGACGGGCUGGCCUCGAAAUGGGACUACGAGAACAACCGCUGGAAGUAAAUUUAUACAAGAUAGUUACGGUGCUACACCUGCGGCAAUACGCUGACACCGGGUAACUUAAUCAGUAGUCAGAAGUAAUAUUUAUAAGCGAAUACAAAUGUAAGAUAAUUAAAUAAACUAAAUUGUGAUUCCAAUCAUUAUAUAUACUUAUUUUC